AUUUUAGUUGCCACUGCCAAUCAGACCUCAGAUGGCUUCCCAUCUCCUCUUUGUCUUCAUCAUUCUCCCUGCUGUCCUCUGCUAUUCUCCUUCUUUUGUUGACCUGGAAACGAAAGGAAGUAAUCAAUCAUCCAUCCGGUUCCUUGUUGUUGGUGACUGGGGCGGCUUGCCGACCGCGCCAUUCACCACCAAAAUAGAGUGGGCAACAGCCCAGGAGAUGGGCAGGACUGCAGACCAGCUGGGAGCCGACUUUGUUUUAGCCCUUGGUGAUAAUUUUUACUUCAAAGGAGUGCGGAGUGUGGAUGACCCUCGCUUUCAGGAAACGUUUGAGAAUGUCUACACUGCGAGAUCUCUCAAUAUUCCCUGGUUUGUUAUUGCGGGCAACCACGACCAUGCAGGGAAUGUGCUUGCCCAGAUCCAUUACAGCAAGCUGUCCCAGCGAUGGAACUUCCCGUACUUCUAUUACGAGCUGAACUUCCGCAUCCCAAAAACAGACAGCACUCUGACUAUCUUGAUGUUGGACACAGUACUGCUGUGUGGGAACACAGACGACUUUCAGGACCAGAAGCCUCAAGGUCCCACAAGUAAUGCACAGGCCAAUCGGCAGCUGCUGUGGCUGCAGCAGCGCUUGGCCAGUUCCAAGGCAGACUUCCUGCUGGUGGCGGGACACUACCCCAUCUGGUCCAUCUCUAAGCAUGGCCCCACAAGCUGUUUGGUCAAGAAACUGCGUCCUCUGCUGGUGAAGUAUGAAGCUACAGCUUACUUGUGUGGCCAUGACCACAACUUGCAGUACUUUAAGGAGUCCGAUAUUGGCUACAUCGUGAGUGGUGCGGGGAACUUCAUGGAUCCAAAUGUGAAGCAUCGCCAUGAUGUUCCUAAAAGCUCCCUGAAGUUCUUCACGGGUGAGGCUUCCACGCUGGGAGGCUUUGUGCACAUGGAGGUCACUAAGAAGAAGCUGGUCAUCACGUUUCUCCAGGCGAGGGGGACCUCCCUCUACCAGACUGUGCUCUCCAAGAGGGAUCUCUAGUUUUCUGGAAUGGGAAUAGGGAUUUUUUUUUGUUUUUUUGUUUUUUUUUUCUUUUUCAAGACUAGUGCUGCCAUCUAGCUGUAGUGAGCACAAUCCCAAGUGAUUUUAUGUGAUUCUACAGUACAGAAUUUUAAAACCAGCUUUGAAUUGUUUGUAGCCGUAUAGUUUAUAUUUGUUCUAAGCCAAUGUUUUAAAUGUGAUUAAAUGAUCUUUCAAUGUAAAUUGAUGGAUGGUUUUCUUUCAGUAUUUUGGU